GCACUUGGGUAUAAGAUUGAUGAAAAAAAUCAGCUUGUAUCGAUAGAAGGUGAAGAUCUUUUAGAUUUCUUCUUUAUUAAAACCUACAUAAAGGAUGGUUCAAUGACCAAUUGUGCUAGAAUUGGGCUUUCUGUCGUAAUGUUAAAUCCUAACGAA